GGCUCCAUGAGGAUUCAUAGAAGAUGCCCCGGAUCUUGGCGCCUCUGGUGCUCCUUUUGGUGUGGCUAACAAAGAUUGCGGCCAGCCCCCACUCCCUGAGGAUUGCCGCCAUUUUGGACGACCCCAUGGAGUGCAGCAGAGGGGAACGGCUGUCCAUCACGCUGGCCAGGAAUCGGAUCAAUCGAGCUCCGGAGCGGGCCGGGAAAGCCAAAGUGGAAGUGGACAUUUUCGAGCUGCUGAGAGACAGCGAAUAUGAGACAGCCGAGACCAUGUGCCAGAUCCUUCCAAAAGGGGUAGUUGCUGUCCUGGGACCGUCUUCAAGUCCUGCAUCCAGCUCCAUCAUCAGCAAUAUCUGUGGGGAGAAAGAGGUCCCCCAUUUCAAGGUUGCUCCAGAAGAAUUUCUCAAACUCCAGUUCCAGAGAUUCACAACCUUGAACCUUCACCCCAGCAACACUGACAUCAGUGUGGCCGUUGCCGGGAUCCUGAAUUUCUUUAACUGCACCACUGCCUGCCUCAUCUGUGCCAAAGCUGAAUGCCUUUUAAACCUGGAGAAGUUGCUCCGUCAGUUCCUUAUCUCUAAGGAAACUCUUUCUGUCCGGAUGUUGGAUGACAGCCGGGAUCCCACACCGUUGCUAAAGGAGAUCAGGGAUGAUAAGACUGCCACCAUCAUCGUACAUGCCAAUGCUUCCAUGUCCCACAUCAUCCUUAAGAAGGCGGCUGAACUGGGAAUGGUGUCAGCCUAUUAUACAUAUAUCUUCACUAAUCUGGAGUUUUCCCUCCAGCGACUGGACAGUCAUCUGGAUGAUCGAGUGAACAUCAUGGGAUUUUCUAUUUUCAACCAAUCCCACGCUUUCUUCCAAGAGUUUGCAGACAGCCUCAACCAGUCCUGGCUAGAAAACUGUGACCACAUCCCUUUUACAGGGCCGGCGCUGUCCUCUGCCUUGUUGUUUGAUGCUGUCUAUGCUGUGGUGAGUGCGGUGCAAGAACUGAACCGGAGCCAAGAGAUUGGUGUGAAGCCCCUGUCCUGUGGUUCAGCCCAAAUCUGGCAGCACGGAACCAGCUUGAUGAACUACCUGAGAAUGGUAGAAUUGGAAGGUCUCACCGGCCACAUAGAAUUCAACAGCAAAGGCCAACGGGCAAACUAUGCCCUGAAAAUCCUGCAAUAUACAAGGACUGGCUUCAGACAGAUCGGUCACUGGCAUGUCACCAAGGGCCUUAGCAUGGAUGAGCAGAUCUUCUUUUCCAACGUGUCGGAGAGCCUCUUCAACACCACGCUCAUCGUCACCACGAUCCUGGAAAACCCUUACUUGAUGCUCAAGAGCAAUCAUCAGGAAUUGGAAGGGAACAACCGCUAUGAAGGCUUCUGCGUGGACAUGCUGAAGGAGCUGGCCGAAAUCCUGCACUUCAACUACAAGAUCCACCUGGUUGGCGACGGAGUGUACGGUGUUCCCGAGCCUAACGGAUCCUGGACCGGCAUGGUUGGGGAGUUGAUUGCUCGGAAAGCUGAUCUGGCAGUGGCUGGACUCACCAUUACAGCAGAGAGAGAGAAGGUGAUCGAUUUCUCCAAGCCAUUCAUGACUCUGGGGAUUAGCAUCCUCUACCGCGUUCACCUGGGGCGCAAGCCUGGCUAUUUCUCCUUCCUGGACCCUUUCUCUCCUGGCGUCUGGCUCUUCAUGUUGCUCGCCUACCUCGCAGUGAGCUGUGUCCUGUUCUUGGUGGCCAGAUUGACGCCCUAUGAGUGGUACAGCCCCCACCCGUGUUCCCAAGGGAGAUGCAAUCUCCUGGUCAAUCAGUACUCGCUCGGCAACAGCCUCUGGUUUCCUGUCGGCGGAUUCAUGCAACAGGGAUCCACAAUCGCUCCGCGGGCUCUGUCCACGCGCUGCGUCAGCGGAGUCUGGUGGGCCUUCACCUUAAUCAUCAUCUCCUCCUACACGGCCAACCUGGCAGCCUUUCUCACUGUGCAGCGCAUGGACGUGCCCAUUGAGUCAGUGGAUGACCUUGCCGACCAGACAGCCAUCGAAUACGGCACAAUCCACGGAGGUUCGAGCAUGACCUUCUUCCAGAAUUCCCGGUAUCAGACAUACCAGCGAAUGUGGAAUUACAUGUACUCCAAGCAGCCGAGCGUCUUUGUCAAGAGCACGGAGGAAGGGAUCGCGCGGGUGCUCAACUCCAACUAUGCCUUCCUGCUGGAGUCCACCAUGAACGAGUAUUACCGCCAGCGCAAUUGCAACCUCACGCAGGUCGGGGGCCUUCUGGACACCAAGGGCUACGGGAUUGGCAUGCCAGUCGGUUCUGUUUUCCGUGAUGAGUUUGACUUGGCCAUUCUUCAGCUGCAGGAGAACAACCGCCUGGAAAUCUUGAAGCGGAAAUGGUGGGAAGGAGGGCAGUGUCCCAAAGAAGAGGACCAUCGAGCCAAAGGCCUGGGAAUGGAAAAUAUAGGUGGAAUCUUUGUGGUUCUGAUAUGUGGUUUAAUCGUAGCGAUUUUUAUGGCAAUGCUGGAGUUCUUAUGGAGCCUCCGACACUCUGAACACUCCGAGGUGUCCGUCUGCCAGGAGAUGGUGACAGAAUUGCGCAGCAUCAUUCUCUGCAAGGACAGUUUCCAACCCCGCCGGAGGCGAGGGGGGAUAAUACGGACUCGUCCCAUUAUACAAGAAGAACGGAGAGCCCGGGCCACCACCACGCUCAGCAACGGCAAGCUCUGUGGUGGAGGCGACCCUGACCAGCUGGCCCAGAGACUUGCACAAGAGGCCGCCCUGGUCGCUCGAGGCUGCACGCACAUCCGGGUGUGUCCUGAAUGCCGGAGGUUCCAAGGUCUCCGGGUCCGGCCAGGGCCAGAUUCCCCCAUGCAAAGUGACGAGAGCAUGGAGUGGGAGAAGGUGACGAACAGCAGCGAGCCGGAGUAACGCAUUGGGGAGGUGGCAAAAUAUUAA